AUGGCAAAGGCAUUGUUGGGCUCAUGGGAAGCUGCAAGAAUUGAUCUCCAUGUAGCAUCAGAGUUAGAUUUUGAUGUGGAGACCAGUAUGAUGCUCAAAGGUUUUGGCAAGGUUGAGCCUUUUGCUAACAAGAUUGAAGAGCAUAGGCAAAAAUAUGAACGCCUUCGCAAAGAAAGGGAGCUGCGGAAAAUUGAGCUUGAAAAGCUGAGGCUGGCCCAGUUGUUUAUUUUACUGCAACAUGGUCCGGCCCCUGUCAUUACAUGGCUCCACUAUGCAAGCUUGGCUGCAAAAUAUCCAAAAGUCGUGUUUCUGAAAGUUGAUACCGACAAGGCAAAGUAUGUAGCUAUUGAGUGGAAUGUCUACAGCAUUCCAAGUUUCUUCUUGAUUAACAGUAGCAGAGAAGCUGAUAUAAUAAUUGAUGUCGAUAUGGCCCAUGCGAACCUUGUUAAGAAAAUGGGGAUAAAGCAAAUAUUUUGCAUUUGA